AAUGUUGUUCGAACAUACAAUGUUCUGCUUGAGUUGAUGCUAUCCAUAAAUUAUUGUCUUUAAGUGUCGGUUCCGGUUAUUAAAUUUUUAUCUUUUAUUUGUUUAGAAGGUAUACGACAAGCAGAUGAGGUAGCACAGAAGUCUAUGCGUGACUAUUCUGUUCCGAUAUUUACUUGUUCGUAAUGUAAAAGUUAGUGACUUGACCGAUUUUAAAUCUCUCGCAUAAAUCCCAAACCUAUUUCACCAAAAUAACACACACAAAAAUGUAUGGGACUGCGAUAUACCUUUUGCACACCUUCAAUAGUUGCAUAUAUGUGUCCAGUGUUGAUCGUGUCUUCGUUCAUGAUUUCGAAUUUUAGUUGUCGCUAUUAGUGGCCAACGCAAAGACUCUUAAAUAUGGUGUUCGAAACAGUGAAAUUUGAGAACAUACUCACUGAAAGUGUGGAGUCGCGAAAUGUUCAUCAAUUUCGAUACAUCCUAGACGAGCUGAAAUUUAAUCCCAACAAAAAACUGAAAUGUUUCGAUGGAUUAUCAACAUUCGAAGCCGUUUUGUUGAUACCAAAGUCGCGAAAAUUUAUCACAACAUGCAUCUGCAAUGGAUCCGAUUUUUACAAGAAAAACGACGACGGAAUAUACCCACUCCGAUACGCCAUCCACUCAUGCAGCGCUGAAAACCUUAUCGCUAUAUUAAAGCCGAACGAAGAGUCCUUCACACCACUAUGCGACGAUCAUUUUGUGGCGACGCAAUAUUCAGCGAUCAUAAAUGAAAAAUCGGAUGGAGGAAACAACUACCUCCAUCUGUUGGCUAACAACAUAACCGCUGACAAUUACGCAGAACUUUCGAAAAUGAUUAUGGCCAUGCUGGUGAACGGAUGCAACGUGAAUCUACCGAAUGAACAACUAGAAACGCCGUUUUAUUUGCUGUUGAAGAAUCCGGUCGUGGAAAAUGGUUUGCUGAACUUCAUCAUCGACAACGUACGAAUCGACUAUUUUACGCACAACAGCAAAGACAUCCAUGUGUUGAUGGAGGAACGAGGAUUGGCAGCCCGAAUGGGUAAGAAAAUGGAUUUUACCGUUGACACGAACUACAUGGUCCAGCAUCUUGACGACUGGAAUGAGACACAAUUGGUCGAUAAUCUCGAACGUUGGAAACGGGACACGAAGGACCUUGAUGAUGAGAUCAUGGAAUUGCUAGAAGCAGCAAUCGUUAAGAAUUUACCCGAAACGGUUGCCAUUUUGAUGGAUCUUGUUCCGGACAUUAAUCGGAUUUCAAAAAAUGGCAAAUUUAAAAUAAUGCCGGGAUUUUUGGCCUGUACAUUCGGACACCAUCAAGUCCUGAAGGUCCUACUUAGCAACACGAAUUUGUCAUUUCAGUCGACGAGUCUCCAAAGGAAUCUGUUGCAUCAAAUAUUUUCAUCCGAAGCCAUUGAUCCUGUCGAUCGUCAGAAAACCUUCGACUUAAUUAUCACUGACCGACGAUGCACAUUGGACGUAAUUAAUCAGCUCGAUUCUGAAAAUCGGGUGCCUCUGCUUUUCGCCUGCCUGUAUGAAUGCGAUGACAUUGUAAAGGAGUUGCUGAGACGUGGAGCAUACAUCGGUUAUGAGUCCGUGUUUAAUUACAUCAAAAAGGACACCCUAGAAGAGCUCUUGGACGAAUGCGUGAAAUGCUCCGGCGACAUUAAUGGGAGGGACUGUGAUAUUUACAUUGACUACAAAUUCUUGAUGCCUCCGCAGAGAAAUGAGCCAGAAAUCACGCCGGCUCAUUUGAUUUGUGCAAAUUCCAAUCUGAAAGAAUUUAUCUUACAUCCCGUCAUUGCUUCAUUUGUGCUGCUCAAGUGGCGGAAGAUCGACUUCAUCGUUUACUUCAACCUUCUGGUCUAUUUUAGUUUCUUGGUUUUCUUGGGCUACAUCAUCGUGAACUUCUACGAUGUGUCCAGCAAUUUCAAGCACGACGAAGAAUAUUGCCAAAUCACAACCGAUUACCACGACGAACUGUUUCCGGUCAAGCUAAAUGAGUACGUUUUUGAGAGUAGAUUGACUGAUAUGAACAUCUCGGCGAAUGCAAUCACUCACUUGCUCUUCGAAAAUCGCCACUUAAUCCGGAGGUUAUACAACAACAAUGUUGGUGAUCAGAUCGGUGAGAAAUUUAGUGAAUGGAACGAUGUCCAGAUAGACGAAGAAUGGAAAACGCGAUUUCGACAACAUUUCGCCGAACACGCGCUGUCCUAUUGGUUUGGGAUUUUUGGACUCACGUUGAUGGCAGCCUACGAGGUUGUUCAGUGUGCUAUGUCGUACAAGAAAUACUUUUUAAAGCCGAAUAAUUGGCUGGAUAUUAUGCUGAUCGUUUUCUCCUUUUUUGUUCUCGUCAAAAACGUGGAUGUAGGAAGGGACAACUUCAAGCAAAUCUCUGCAAUAAUGAUCUUGUUAAUGGGCGCUCAGAGCAUUCAGCUCUUUUCAAAAGUGUCAGCAUUUUCAUUGUCCCUGCACAUGGCAAUACUGAACAAAGUGUGUCGAACAUUUCUGAGAACCAUUGCUCCGUACAUGAUCAUAAUAUCGGCGUUCGGAAUGAGUUUCUUUGCUCUGAACCAUGACGAUUUUGAUGAACCUUUGAGGAACGGUACUGACUCUGAAGAAGAUCCAGAUGAGGAGCAAGGAUUUCAGGAUCCGUUUCUGUCGACCAUCUCGACUGUUAAAAUGAUGUUGUCGGACUUUGGUGAUUUAACCAUUGAAGAGGAAGACCAUUUUCAAGGAAUUCUAUUUCUUGCCUUUAUGAUUUCCAUUUCGAUUGUUAUGUUUCAACUGUUGAAUGCAUUGGCGAUCACAGACAUUCAGGAAAUGAUUCAAAUUGCUGAAUUUGUCCAAACAAGAAGGCGCAUUUCUACUUUACGUAGCUACGAAACUCUGUACUCAUUCUUCUCGGUGACAUACGCAAAUGUGUUCCCUAGACUUACCACGAUCCUUCUGACACCAAAUAAAUAUGGAUCCACCAAAUACGGAGCUAUUAAAAUCAAGUAUACCCUUCCCACAACGAAAAAUGCCACUGUUUUGAUGCAGAAAACUGGAUCGAUCUCUAAUUUCGAGUAUCUGUAUGUCGACUGGAUGCUAUGGAAAAAUAGUCCGGAACCGUUAGCAUUUGAUAAUGAAUUUAUGGCGAAGGUUAUGCAGUUUGUAAAGAAUCAGCAAGAAAAACAUCUGCAUAACGUGGAGAGAAAUUUGAAUAGUCUGGAGCUGUAUGCGAUCAAAGUGGCACAGGAAGAUAUGUACAAAGAUUUGUCGAUGAGAAUUUCAAGUUUAGAACAUUUUCUGAAAACGAAAUUAGGUGAUUCCAUCGCUGCCAUUUCUUCGGAAUCGUAGUCAGCAAUCGAUUUCAACGCUGACUGUAAGUUGCAAAUUGUAAUUCAGAACUUGAUUCAGAAAGUAUUUUCCAGGCAAUUUUAGCACUGCGUUGAUUGAACCCAUAUUGUGGUUGAUUAAGUGGCACAAUAAAAUUAUUGAAGAUGAAGACUUUACUAAGUAGGAUUUUGUAUUGCUUCUACAUUUUAUUGGUGUGUGUACAUGCAUAUUACCGUUACUCUAGUUU